AUGACGCCUACCAUCGUUCGCAUUUCGGGCUAUCCCGUUCUCACGCUUAAGGUCAUCCAAGACAACCGCGAAACCCUGUUCGAGGUCCAAUCAUCAGUCCUCCAGCAGUCAGGUCGUUACUUUGAAGGACUUCUCGGAAACAACUUCAUCGAACGUCGCCCGAGGGAUGGCGAACCCUGGAUUGUCGACAUGCACGAGAUUGAUAGCAACGUCAUAGAGAAGGUCCUGAGGUUCCUUCAUGACGAGGAUCCCGCCCCUCUGAAAGACUUACCAGAGGACGAGCUCGUCAAUCUCGUCGAAUUGAUCGACUUUCUACAAUGCCACAAGGUAUUCCACUAUCUGGCAAUUUCGUAUUGGGCGGCACGUGUCUCAGCUGCGAGCACAAAGUCACUACAGGGAACGGGCGGCCAGCUUCUUUAUGUCGCUCUACAUAUGGACCUGGAUACGCUCGUGAAAGAGCUUCUCGAUGGCUUGCAGCAUGAAGUCAAUAACAGUCAGGGAGGCGCUUCCAGUUCCCACACUGUAGGACAGUCGCUAUGCCUGCGAGAUGGUACGCCGCUUAUGUUCCAUCCCUGUCUGAACAAGUUCAAUCUGCCGGUCCUCCUGAUGAACAACCGAGACAAGCUCUGGGCUGCCGAAGCCCAGGCCAAAGCUGAAGCACUAGAGCUUUACUACACAGGCAUCUCUCCAUACUUCCCCUGCGGUCAUAAGAACAAUCUAGCCACCUGCCAGAAGAAUUACGGGGAUGCCGCGCGUAAGAUGUCAUGCUACUACGCGCUCAGUGGCUUCCUCAUGCAUGAGCUGAUGGGUCGAGGGCUCGAGCCCGGCAGCUUUACACUCGAGGCCCAGGCCAGCAAGUCUGCCGAGGCGUGCUUCGAUAUGCUCGACAUGAUCAACCUGGUUGGUCUGCAGUACCAUGCCGAUAGGCACAACUCCUGCAAUCCGAUCCAAGGUCUACGGGACGGCCUCCGAGCGAUCCGCCAGAGAUUCGAAGCGGAGAGGAAGGAGUACGAUAUCUUCCCAAUGCCCGAAUAUCUGGAGCAGGGCAUGCAGAAACGAAGAUGGGAAUCGGAUGCCUUGCUUCUGGACGCUGACAUAUCAUCACCAAAUGCGUCAGGCUUUUGA